UUUACAUCCACCAGUCCGCCGACGCGUCUGGCGGAGACCGCGCUUGCGUUCUAUUCUUAAAUUUCGCGCCAAAACAAUCGAGCAUCGUAUUGUAUUUCAAAUUGUACGUCUUAUUUCUUGUCAUUUUUAUUGUAGCCCUAUUUUAAUUAACUUUAAUGAAAAUUAUAGUCUUUGUUUAUAAAUGAGUCGGUGAAUUAAGUGAGUGACAAAAUACUCGUUACUCUACAGGAAACUAUUUACCUAAAACAAUGCUACGGCUAUCCCCACUGCUGCUCGUCUUGGGGACCGUUGUAACCUUAGUAUGUGCCAUAGUCCCCGUGACCACCAACGAGAAUGGCAUCCAACCGGUGGUCAAACGGAUCAACAAGCACGUCGGGGGUGCGCUCUACCCCCGCGCUACGGAGACCAGGGACCUGAGGACCUUGGACGGGAUAUGGAACUUCAGGAGGUCCCCGCCAAACCCACUGUAUGGGUACUUGAACGGGUGGCAGGAGCAGGAUUUGUUUAAGACAGGCCCAGUCAUCCCGAUGCCAGUGCCAUCGUCUUACAACGACGUAGGGGAAGACGCGUCGUUGCGUGACCACCAGGGGGUGGUGUGGUACGACCGACGGUUCUUCGUGCCCCGGGGCUGGACUGACCAGCGGGUCUGGCUGAGGUUCAGCAGCGUGCACUAUAACGCCAAAGUGUUUGUCAACGGCAUGGAGGUGGCUUCCCACGAGAUUGGCCACUUGCCUUUCGAGGCCGAGAUCACAGACUUCGUCAGCCUGAACUCAAGCAACCUUCUCACUGUGGUGGUGGAUAAUCUGCUCACUAGGAACACGAUACCACAAGAGAAUGGAUACGACUUCUUCAACUACGCGGGUAUACAUCGAACGGUCUACAUAUACUCGACGCCACAAACUUACAUAGAAGAUAUAGUGACACAAACUGAUAUACAAGGAUAUACAGGCUUAGUGACAUACAACGUGACCUACAAAGGAGGUAGAAACGACGUGGACUGCUUGAUAGAGAUCUAUGACAAGAACGAGACCAAAGUGGGCUCUCUGCUGAGCUGCGUCGGAGUGGUAGACAUAGCCAACGCGAACCUAUGGUGGCCAUACUUGAUGCACCCGAACCCUGGAUACUUGUAUACCUUCAAGGUAUGUUUAGUUGGAAGUGAUGGGGACUUUUUGGACACGUACAGCGAAAAAAUCGGCAUUCGAGUUGUUAACUGGACGACGAAAUCGGUGUACCUGAAUGGGAAGCCACUUUAUCUAAGAGGAUUUGGAAUGCACGAAGAUUCUGAUCUUCGAGGCAAAGGCUGGGAUCCCGUGCUAUGGGUGAAGAACUUCAAUCUUAUCAAGUGGAUAGGUGCUAACGCCUUCCGCACCUCGCACUACCCAUACGCCGAAGAAAUCUACCAAUUGGCGGAUGAACAAGGCAUCAUGAUUGUGGGAGAGUGUCCUAGUGUCAACGCUUUCCUCUACACUGACGAGCUGUUGAGAAAGCACAAGCAGUCGCUGACGGAGAUGAUCCGGCGCGACCGCAACCACCCCAGCGUCAUCAUGUGGUCCGUCGCCAACGAGCCCCAGCAGUGUGGCAGCAACAAGAACUGCGAUUAUUACUAUAGCCAAAUUGUUGGUCACGUGAAAGAUCUCGACCGGUCCAGAGCAGUCACCUUUGCACUCGCAGACCCCAACGACCAAAUAGGAAAAUUCAUGGACGUGAUCAGUUUCAACCGGUAUAACGGUUGGUACGCAGAAACUGGAUCGCUCCUGCACAUCACGCAAAGAGUGAUGAACGAAAGCACGCAGUGGCAUCUCAAGUACAACAAGCCGGUCCUCAUGUCUGAGUACGGUGCUGACACCAUCGCGGGAAUGCACACCAAACCUGAGUUCGUCUUUUCGGAAGACUACCAAGUGGCGCUCAUGUCUGAACAUUUCAAGGCAUUCGACAAAUUGCGACAAGAAGGAUUUUUCAUGGGUGAAUUCAUAUGGAAUUUUGCUGACUUCGCAACCAGACAAGGUAUAACCCGAGUAGAAGGCAACAAGAAGGGUAUAUUCACGCGCGCGCGCCAGCCCAAAGCGAGCGCGCACCACCUACGCGCGCGUUACCUCGCGCUCGCCGCCGCCGACGCGGGCGCUCAACCGCCGCCGCCGGAAUACUACGUCGCCGACCACGCCCCCGCCUACCAUGAAGAACUUUAAACGUUUCUAUAGUGAUGCAAAGGUGUUCUGCUCUCGGGAACAUUGGGGAAUAUUGCCGGCAACGCUCCAUAGUAUUUCUUGUCACAGGGAAAAUUUAAUUUGGUGACCGAUUCCGGAACUAUUUCCCGAUGUUAACUGUUUCGGGAACGCGAACGGUAACGUACGUCUACACAGGAAUUAGUUUCUUAAUAUUUUUCCGUUGACUCAGAUGUAUCAAGAGAUGGCGCUGCCUGUUCAAUAGAUUUCGGUGACGCGAAUAACGCAUUUCUGGUUAAUAAUUAAAAAAUGUUGAGGGACUAAAUUCUGUGACAUCUGUUAGAUAAUAAAUGGAGAGAAGAAGAGAUCGAUUUAUGUGGAAGAUUAUUAUUUGAGAUAUUAACUCCGAAUGAAGGGAUGUAAUGUGUCGCAAUGAACCCGCCUACCACGAAGUACUUUAGUCAUUUAGAUAUAUCGAUCGUGUGACUUGACUGUGUUAAUUUAAAUAAAGGAUGAAUAAAUUGACCACUAAAUGAAAAAUAACAAGUGAUUACCACAACAAGACAAAACGUCCAACACCCACGAUUUAAGCUGUGCGCACUUUAGCACAUAAAAAAGACAUGACUACAUGAAUUUAUUGCACAAAGAAAAAGAAAAUCUUCCACUAAAAUUAUAAGUUACUCGAACUAAACACGAUAAAUUACUACAAAUUACAAUUAUACAUCGUAUCAUUUGCAUACAAAUCGACUCUCCUUUUUUCAUACCUAACGACUUGGCCAUGCAUGGACAAUAGUGAAAUUAAAAUAGUUGUUUGUGUAACAACGCUAGAAGUACACCAAAUUAUAUUAGGUAGAUUAAAUUAUCUUAAAUUUUAAUAUAAGCGAUGUGCCUCAUAUCAAUAUCUAGUAUUAUAUUAUCUGUGUCAAUAUAUUAGAAAAUAUUAAUAUAGAAGUACAUUUUAUGUACAGUCACAUCAAAAAUAUCUUUACAGCUAUCUACGCCCUAUGAUGGUAGAUGAUGUAGGUACUUUAUAUUUUGAGCACUUACACUGUAAAGAUAUUUUUGAUGUCAACUGUACUGUACCUACUAAAUUGAUGAAAUCAUUUUUUCUUUGGCGAACAUGAACAUGGCUUUUAUAGUGCAACUAAGUAAGCACUUCGUUUUUAACAGUAUUACUUACCACAAUGAUCUUGUUUGAUUUGAUACCACUUUUCUCAGAUAAACUUACACCUUCGGCACCCAGAGUGUUACUUACACCCGUUUAGAUUUUUUACAAAGUACAAUAAUUUCUAAUAACAUGCUGUAAUUUGUAUGUGUUACGAGUUAUGAUGAUGAAUGUUAAUCUGAAAAGAUUGAAAAUAGUGCUAUGUAAUGAUAAGUAAUAAAAUAAAAAACACACAAAACACAUUAAAAAAA